GUAUUGUUUGACUGUUCUACCCCUGUUCCCACUCUCCCUACCCUCCCCGUACUCUGUGACCACCGGGUUUUCUCAAGUACCACAUCAGCUAGCACUGAUGUCGAUGGAACAAGACACCGGGGCACUGCCACGACGCAGUGCCAGGCUUGCAGUUCGUACCCGCCCUGCGGUACCUCCAAGACCCAAGCGACUCAGCAAGCGGAAGAAUCCAGCAGCAUCAAGUACAACAAUAACAGUACCGGUUACCACCGGAGUUCUUCCCGCAUGCCCGGUCCAAGGGGCCGGCGAGCCGUUGGCAGCUUACCUUCAGCGGGUACAGGCAUUCACUGAUGCCGUAGCUACCGCCAAGGCACAGGAGGAAGCAGCAGAGGCGGAACGUCAGCGGCUGGCCAGUGAGGCGGGAGCCCAAGCUCAGCAGACUGCUGAGGCUGAUGCCAUGGUGCGAGAUAAGCGGAACGCCAUUUGCAUGGAGUCCUUGACUAUGAAUGAGAGUCAAUGGAUGACACUGCUCCAAGGCAUGUUGUUUGUGCCUUCGGACACACAGGCGGACCCGACAACGGCGGAGGAAGAAAGGAGCAACCUGGCUAACCUGAUGUUGAAUAUGAUGCGGGCAAUCAUGUGGAACAAUACGAUGUUAAUGGUGCAAAUACACGAGGGCAGACAGCUGCGACAGAUUCAGCAGAAUGAUUCUGCAGCCUUAACAACUGCUAUUCGCGUUGCCGCCACACAUCAGCAACAACAGCAACAGCUGUUGAACACCACCACCGCACACGUCAACAACAUCGAGGCUAAGGCCUCAGCAGCGCCAGGCUGCACGACAGACGAGACGAGGCAGCUCAAUGGGCGCAUCGAUCAUGUCGUCAAUCUCAUCGGCGACAUAGGUGUUUUCAAUGGGCCGGACACGCUCAGUAGCACGGUGGCCGCCAUCAAGACAGACAUCACCAAGCUGCAGACGAGGCCGGACGCCGCUACGAAGACUUACAAGAUGCCGCACUUCGACAUCAGCAAGUUCGACGACUACAACAAGUCGGACGCCUUGACAUGGUGGCAACGUUUCCUCACGGAAGCAUCAUGCCGCACUGUCCCGGCGGACGACAUGAUGAAGGCGCUCUACUUACAACUGAUUGGAGGAGCGCAGGCUUGGAUGAACCAUCUGGCGGCUACCAACAACUGCACCAUCGCCGAACUCCACACGCACAUCACGUGGAAGGAGUUCGAGAAGCUAUGGUUCACCCGGUUCAUGGUCCGCAACGUCGUGAAGGCGGCCAUGAACGAGGUGUACACCUGCUCUCAAGGGAAUAUGCCAACUCGAGACUGGACAACCAAAUGGCAAAAGAUAGUGACCACACCAGGCUUCGAUUUGAGCUUUACCAAUCAACGAUCCGAGUUCUUCUCGCGAUCAUGCGCAGGACUGCGAACCGCACUCGGCAACGAGUACCAUUACGCCUCAUUCCAGGCCAUCCUGGAUCGUGCGAACUUGCUCAUCCAAACGGAUGACAAGGCCGCAAACGAACGGCAGUCCCAGCCGCAUUAUGUGGCUAAGCAGGGCUUUCAACGACCGGCACAUAACAAUGCCGUAAUUUCUGAAGAAACAGUCGAUCUCCACGCUGCAGCAGCAUUCUCGAGUGAUGGAGGAUUUGUAGCAGCGCUCCCGCCGAAGCGUCCCAAGAGAGUUCGGAAGAACAAGGCGACACAAGAGACGACAUCGACGGGAACUGGGCAGCAGCCAUGGACGGCUUACAAGAUAACCAAGGAUGUCUAUGACCUUCGUCAAAAGUACGGAUACUGCCUUUGGUGCAAUGGAGUCACUCAUUUGACCGCACAAUGCCCCGAAAAGGGCAAGGCACGCAUCUUUGUUCUUCUUCCGGACGAAGAGAACAGGGGCACCAUAUGGCGAGCAACUAGGGCGAAUCCAGCCCUUGUCGAGAAGGUCAUCGAGUUGUGCGCGAAGCACCUCGAGUUCCUCUUCGCUCAUGCGGUAGAUACAUCCACGCGGAGGGACGGCGCCAGGCUCGAGAGUGAUCCCGUGACGUAUGGGCCGAUCCGGAACCGUUCCGGUGGGAACCUCGAAGACGUCUCCAUACUCGUCCAAGAGAUGCGGUACGGGCAUUUUGAGUGGUUUGUCAUGCCUUUUGGCCUCACCAAUGCCCCCGCGACUUUCCAAGCAGCGAUGACGACUGAGUUUCGCGACUUGCUCGAUCGCAGCGUCCUCAUCUACCUUGAUGACAUCUUGGUCUAUAGUUGGACGUUGGACGAGCACAUCGUACACCUUCGCACUGUUCUGGAUCGUUUCCGACUGGCCCAGUACAAAGCGAACCUCGACAAGUGCGAGUUCGCCAAGCAAGAGCUUGAGUACUUGGGUUACUUUGUCACGCCGAAAGGCAUUCGUCCCUUAGCGGACAAGAUCCAAGCCAUCGUGGAUUGGCCGGAACCCCGUUGCACGACGGACGUACGCUCUUUCAUGGGAUUGGCUGGAUAUUAUCAGCGAUUUGUCGAGUCAUACUCGAAAGUGGUCGCUCCUUUGUCGAUUAACCACCGUAACAAGGGUCGAUCUCGAGUCCCCUUCGGCGAACUGAAACCGUUGCCGAUUUCUCGGGCACCGCGCCUCUCCAUUGCUAUGGACGUGACAGGCCCGUUCCCCCGCGAUCGCCACGGCCAUGACGGUAUUCUCACGGUCGUUGACCGUUUGAGCAAGUAUGCUCACUUCCUUCCUUGCAAGUAUCAUGCUGCAGCACCCGAGCUCGCACGACUCUUGCACACCGGUUGGAUUACCAACCAGGGUGUUCCGGAAGACAUAGUGAGCGACCGAGAUACUCGCUUCAUGUCAACCUUUUGGUUUUCCCCCAUGGCUGAGUCCGGUACGACUAUGAAGCCAAGCUCGGCUCGGCACCCGCAGACGGAUGGCCAGACGGAGCGAGCGCACCAUACCGCUCAGAUGAUGUUGCGUACGCUCAUCCGUCCCGACCAGAAAGAUUGGGUUGACCGGUUUCCCGACAUCGAGUUCGCCUAUAACACUUCAGUGCAUCCGGCGAUCUGCGUCACACCAUUCGAGCUACAUCAUGGUGGAGAGAAAGCACGGAUCUUCGCUGAUCUCCUUUUGCCACAGGCGGCCGACAUUGACGUCCCUUGCUCUCCCGCUUCCGUUCGGAAGUACCGGGACUUGCUGAUCAAAGCCCGCGCAAAUAUGCAAAAGGCUCAGAUCCGCAUGCAGCAGCAGGCUAACCGACGUCGACUUCCAUGUCCUUUCCGCGAGGGAGACCUUGUUUGGGUCCUCUCCGAGGAAUUUGCGCUCGAGCAGGACGUUUCGCGCAAACUCCUUCCGAAAUGGUUCGGACCAUGGGAAGUCACUUCUGCCGUUGGAGACGACCCCGCAAGUCCUUCCUUCGUGAUCAACGUUCCACCGCACCUUACAGUGCAUCGGGUCUUCCACGCGUCGAAGCUGGCCAUCUACACGCCACCUUCAGCUGAUGAGUUUCCCGGACGUCGAUCACAGGAUCCGCCUUCUAUGGACGGACAUCAAGAAGUUGACCGAGUCAUCACGCACCGCAAGUAUGGCAACAAGCUAAUGCAGUACAAAAAUCAAUUUGUGGGGAAUGGUAAACACCCAUACAAUUGUAAGGAAAAGAAUUUGCCAGAGCAGAUAUAUGAUCCACGUCAUCGACCAUGGUAUAAAGAGGCUUCAUCACCUAAGAAACAAGUUUCAGUGCUCGUUGACUUAAGCAACGCUAUUGGAGCAGGAGUUGCAAAUGGUGGGGCUGACGUCGUGAGGCCAAGAAUUAAGGUCAUCAAGUACACUCUUCAAGAACUUGCCAAGACCUUCAAAGACGAUGACGAGGUGUUCAUUACCACAUUUCCCCCUUGCAAGGUUUCAGAACAGGAAAUGUUUAGUGAACAGGAUCGUCUGAAGAAUUUCCAGGAAAUCGUCAAAGCUAUGGAACCUGUCGAGAUUCAACAAGAUCUUGCAGACGGCAUCAAUUGUUCUUUAGCUACAUUGGAGCCUAUACGGAAGUCUGAGUAUAAACAGGUACACAACCACGAACCUGUUGAGUUGAUGGCGGAGUACCUUGUCCAUGAGGCACUGAAAUGCGGCUGGUGCAUUCGUAAGACCGAAGGGCAUAACGAUGAACUCGUACAGCCCGUCGCGUGUCUUGAAUGCGGUUUUGUGCUGGUCGCUCGGAUCGACUUCAAUCUGGUGGUAGCCAGACUUGAGGUCAAUCUUGGAGAAGACCUUGCAACCACCGGCCGCAUCUAACAGAUCAUCUAUAUGAGGCAAAGGGUAAGCAUUCUUCCUUGUGAUCCGAUUCAAGCCACGAUAAUCAAUGCACAUCCGGAGU